AUGCCGCCCAAGCCGGGCUCGCCUCGAAAGCCUAAGCGCCGCCUUUUGGCCAAGACUUCGGAAGCAGAAGCUGCUCACAGCCCUAAGAAGGCAAAACCUGGGUUGACGAACAAGAAGUUGGAGAAGCUUGCAAAGCAAACCCAGGCGGCCGCCGCAAGCAAGGCAAAGGGCCAGGAGCCAGUUGUGUGCCGGACCCCGCCCCCUGUCUUGAAGAACGGUGGCAAAGCAAGCAGCGAGACGAGCGGAAGCAAACGAGGGCAAGGCAAGGUGACCUUCAAGAGUGAGCCGGAGGUUCACCCGGUGACGGUGACUCCGCCAAGGAAAACCAGGAAGGCUACCGAGGAUGCCAGCCCUGGCAUGUCGCUUUCGAAGGCUGAGGAGAUCUUGGGGGAAAUGGAGGAGGAAAAAGCUGAGGCGGACACUUCGUCUGCCUCCGCUGGCACUGAGGAGGAUGAAGCAGGUGGUGAGGAAUCCUCGGCUGAGGACAGCUCCACUGAGGAGGAAGGAGACGAGGAAGGAAAACAGGGAGGAAGCAAUGAAGAAAAGGAUGAAGGAACGGAACCCAGCGCAUCCGCUUCGGAGGAUGAGAGUGAGGAUGAAGGAAGCCAGGCGGAGGAUGAACAAGCGGAAGAGGAAGCGGAAUCUGAGGAUGCCUCAGACGAGGAUGAUGGCAGCAGCCAGGACUCUGUGUCAGGAGGCACUGAGGAUGAUAACGAAGCAGAGGAGGAGGACGAGCCCACCCCGGAGCAGGACAAGGAGAAGGAAAAGAGCAAGGAAGAGGACAAGGGCAAGCAAAACCAGAACCAGGACAAAAAGGACAAGCAGAAGGAAAAGCGCAAGGAAAAGGAGAACGACAAGCAGAACCAGAACCAGGACGAAAAGGACAAGCAGAAGGAAAAGCGCAAGGAAAAGGACAAGGACAAGCAGAACCAGAACCAGGACGAAAAGGACAAGCAGAAGGGAAAGCGCAAGGAAAAGGAGAACGACAAGCAGAAGCAGAACCAGGACGAAAAGGACAAGCAGAGGGAGAUCAGCAAGGAAAAGGACAAGGGCAAGCAUAACCGGAACCAGGACGAAAAGGAUAAGCAGAAGGAAAAGCGCAAGGAAAAGGAGAACGACAAGCAGAACCAGCAAACCCCCGAUCCUGACAGCACGCAGGAAAAACAGCAAGCGCGUGAGGCAGGCAAGCGCAUGAAGCAGGACCAGCGUGCGAAAAGCGAGGCGGACGCGACCAGCUUGGCACUGGUUCCAGCAGACAAGCCUUCCAAAAGAAAGGCGCAUGAAGUUGAGGCUGGAAGCGAGACUGGGUCAAAGAGAAACAAUAAGAAGGAAAAAAAGGCAAAGAAAAUCAAGGAUGAGGCCAAGGAACCUGAGGAUGAGAAGAAGUUGGCCCAGGCCGAAGAGGGUUUGCCGAAAGCAGUGAAUAGCAACAGCCAUCAUAAGCUUUACCUGCGUUAUGGCCGAUGGGUCAAGAACAAGAAACGCUUUCCAGAAGCCUUGAGUUCACGCCUUCAGACCGAAGAAGGUCGUAUGAAGCUGUUUGCCGAUUAUGUGGAGGCUGGGGGAGACCCCCAGCAAGUUGUGCUCAAGCAUACGCAGCAGCUGAGAGAGGCCCAGAGGACCAUAACUGAUCCAGAAUCCCCAGAAGACAAGCUGUACUUCAUGUUCAUAGAAAUCAACAUCGACGACGUGCGAGAACUGGAGAGGAUCACGAAGCUGGAGCUCAACGGCAGCAUAGAUGCUGAGUGCUUGGCAGCGUUUACCAAGGAAGGUGGGGUGCUGGACCCUAGCAAGCAGCAGCUUGCGCAGAGCGGAGGAGCAUCAGCGCAGGGCAUGGCAAAAGCGUUGCAGUUGACAGGCACGGUUGCCCCCUCUAAGAGCAAAGGCAAAGCAGGCAAAACAGCAAAGGGCGGGGAAGCUGGAGCAGCCAAGGAGGUGACGCCCGACACGCCGCUCCAAAAGGCGGCAGCGCUUGUGAACACGGUUUUGCGGGAGAAGAACACGUGCAGCCUGUGCAGGGACUUGGCGUUCAAGCUGAAGCCUAUCAAAAUGUCGGAUGCAUUGAUCCAGCAGCUGUUGGCCCUGGAAAAGAAGUUCAGCCAGAAGGCCAGUGAGCUGCAGAAGCUCGUGGCGGCCAACAAGAACAAGAACAAAUAUUACAAGUACAUUAUUGAUGAGGUCGAGAAGCUGAAAGAGACGGCCAAAGAGCGGACGGAUAUUGCCAAGGCGUUGAUUCGCGCAAGCCAGAAAGCCAAGAACCCUGACAAGGACAAAAACAAAGAGGCAGCAACGCAGAAGGAUGACAGCAAGGUCGAGAUGCUGUGGACAAUGCAAGUCGUUCUGCUCGGCGAAUUCUUCGCGAGAUUUGCUCUGAAGCUGCCGGCUACUGCUGGUGUUGCCCAAGCUCGUGACUUGGUGGCGGACAAGUGUGCUUGCUCGUUGGCUGCCACCCUGGCAGAAUUUUCGACUGGGCACGAGGAACGCGAGAUUGUUGGAUGGGUUCAAGGAGUAUUGCAGAGUGGCAGGUUUCCUGCUACGGACUUCAAUGGGGAUCCCUGGCCUGAAGGCUCAGCAGAAGCUGGUAGGGCGAAUGAGCUCAUUGCAGCCGGCUACAUGUUUGCAUUCAGUGGCUUCAAGGGAGAUUGGGAGGCCCGAGUGGUUGUUCACAAGCUCCAGAGAUCCUACAACCACAACAACAUAUGCGAACACUGCCCUGCUACGAAACUAGACACUGCAUUCAACUACCGAAAUUUUGCAUUGGACGCUCCGUAUCUGGACGUUCGGUUCACGCAUGCCCAGUUUAUGAUGAUGACCCCGCCGCAGCUCCAAUCUUCAUGGCAAACUGUUCCUGGUUGGACGAAAGACCGGAACUUGGAGGCAGAAACAGCAGGCGGGAUUAAUCUCGUUUGCGUUUCCUACGCGUUGGCAAAGAUGCAGUUUGACUUCGACAUGAGUGG